AUGGCUCAAGACUGCGAAAACGGUGGCAGCAGAACCCAUGCUGUGGGCUUCGCAUCAUUUGCUGCAGCCAUGACAAGCUGUCAAGAUCACAGCAUGAUAUUGUGCAAUCGUUUCGACCGCAUGUCGACCAGGAAUCUUCUCUACUUACAAAGCGAGCUUGCCGCACUUCAACGUCAGCUGGAUGACUUUGACCGCGAAGACUUCUUCGACGCUGGAACCGACACCCGAAACAUUGCUCGUAACUGGGAAGCAUUUGAAAGAGCAGCAAGCGUUCAAGAGAGCAAAGCUGCCGAAAGGAUGGUAUUGGUCUUGAAGAUCAGAAGCAAAAUUAAAGAGUACAAGGAGGCUGCCUUGCUAGACGCCAACAUGCUGGCACUCCGCAUUCCAUCCAAGCAGGCCUUUAGAGCUGUUGACCAUUUCUGGAUGAACAGGGAUAAUGAAGGAUUCCCUACGCUGGGGGGCAGCAGCUCGUCACUUUAUGAUGACCGGCACGCCAUCAGUGCACUGGCACGUCCACUGGAGGAAGAUCGACUGACAAGUUUCCUGCGGAAGUUCUGCCUACUUCUGUUCCUGGAACGAUAUCCUGACGGCAAUUCCCGGCUUGUCUACGUCUCUACCAAGCGCAUUGCUCUUGUGGUGGGCCUUAUCAACGUGUUACUUGCUGCCACUUUCCUGUUUGGGGCAAUCUACAACCUGUACUAUGUUGAACAGGAAAAGAUCAAGUUGGGACUCAUCGCCGGCUACACAACUGCCUUUGCAUUGUGCGUCAGUCUCGUCACUAACGCUAGAAGGUCGGAGAUAUUCGGAGCCUGCGCCGCAUACGCAGCUGUGCUCGUGGUUUUCGUCAGUGGUGGUUUUGGAGGCCAGAAGGCGAAUGCCACUGAAUGA